CGGGUCGGCAGCAGAGGUGCUACCGUUCCUGCCCGCUGCUGGCCCGGGCUACAAGGCUUUCUGGGACUGGUGGCGGGCGGCUCGGAGACCGCGGUGGUGGCGGCGGAAGCGACGGAGCCGGAGGCAGGGGAGGGGAGGAGGGCGGCCGGGGCUACGCGCGCGCGCGCGCGCGCAAGGCUCGAGCAUGAGCUGGACUUGACCGUGAGGCGGAGGCAAUAGCCACCGCCCCCCCUCUUCCCCUCCCCCGAGAGAGGCGGCGCGGCGGCCAGAGAGGGAUGGGGGGCGCCCGCCCAGUCUGAGCCUCUACCCGGUGCCCUCGGCUCACGCUACGCUUUCCGCGGGCCUCCAGUGCGCACCCUGCACCCCGGCAGCCUCUGUUUAGCGGGUGCACCCAGGCGCGCGAGGAAGGGGCGCCUGUCCGGGUGGGUGGGGCGGGGAGGGUACCUCAGGACACCGGCUCGGCUCGAGAGGCAGGGGUGGCCGCGGCGGAGGCAGAAUUGCAGACGUGCGGAGUCCAGCCAACCCUUACCCUGAGCCCAAGAAGUAACCGAUGUGAAACAUGUUGCAGAAGCAUUCAAGAAGUGGCUGACGGAGAAAAGAAAAAAGUGCCACUGCUUAUUAGAAAAGAAAACAAAUCAAAACAUGGGAAAUACAACCACCAAAUUCCGUAAAGCUCUCAUCAAUGGUGAUGAAAACCUGGCCUGCCAAAUCUAUGAAAACAAUCCUCAGUUAAAAGAAUCCCUUGAUCCAAAUACAUCUUAUGGGGAGCCCUACCAGCACAAUACUCCAUUGCACUAUGCCGCUAGACAUGGAAUGAAUAGAAUAUUAGGGACUUUUCUUUUUGGUAGAGAUGGAAAUCCAAAUAAAAGGAAUGUCCACAAUGAAACAUCUAUGCAUUUGUUGUGUAUGGGACCUCAAAUUAUGAUAUCUGAAGGAGCCCUUCAUCCGCGCUUAGCACGCCCCGUGGAAGAUGAUUUCAGAAGAGCAGAUUGUCUGCAGAUGAUCUUAAGAUGGAAAGGGGCAAAACUUGAUCAAGGCGAAUAUGAGCGAGCAGCUAUUGAUGCUGUUGAUAACAAGAAAAACACACCCCUUCACUAUGCUGCUGCCUCAGGGAUGAAAGCCUGUGUAGAGCUUUUAGUAAAACAUGGAGGAGACUUGUUUGCUGAGAAUGAAAAUAAAGAUACUCCUUGUGAUUGUGCUGAAAAACAACACCACAAAGAUUUGGCCCUCAAUCUGGAAUCCCAAAUGGUAUUUUCACGGGAUCCUGAGGCUGAAGAAAUAGAAGCUGAAUAUGCUGCAUUAGACAAACGAGAGCCAUAUGAAGGAUUAAGGCCUCAGGAUCUUCGAAGAUUGAAAGAUAUGCUUAUUGUGGAAACUGCAGACAUGCUUCAGGCUCCUCUAUUUACUGCUGAAGCUUUACUUCGAGCCCAUGACUGGGACAGGGAGAAAUUACUUGAAGCUUGGAUGUCCAACCCAGAGAACUGUUGCCAACGAUCAGGUGUUCAAAUGCCAACUCCACCACCAAGCGGGUAUAAUGCCUGGGACACGCUCCCUUCUCCAAGAACUCCAAGGACUACACGCUCUUCUGUCACCAGUCCAGAUGAAAUAAGUUUAUCGCCUGGAGAUUUAGACACCAGUUUGUGUGACAUUUGUAUGUGCAGUAUCUCUGUAUUUGAAGAUCCAGUGGAUAUGCCCUGUGGACAUGACUUUUGUAGAGGAUGUUGGGAGUCGUUUUUGAAUCUGAAAAUUCAGGAGGGUGAAGCUCACAACAUUUUCUGCCCUGCAUAUGAUUGCUUUCAACUUGUACCUGUGGACAUUAUAGAAAGCGUAGUUUCUAAGGAGAUGGACAAACGAUACCUACAAUUUGAUAUUAAGGCCUUUGUUGAAAAUAAUCCUGCCAUUAAGUGGUGCCCUACUGCAGGCUGUGAAAGAGCAGUCAGACUAACAAAACAAGGGUCAAAUACAUCUGGAUCUGAUACACUCAGUUUCCCACUGCUGAGAGCUCCAGCUGUGGAUUGUGGGAAAGGACAUCUCUUCUGCUGGGAGUGCCUUGGUGAAGCACAUGAGCCUUGUGACUGCCAAACAUGGAAAAACUGGCUACAAAAAAUAACUGAAAUGAAACCUGAAGAACUUGUGGGAGUUAGUGAAGCUUAUGAGGAUGCUGCCAAUUGUCUCUGGUUGUUAACUAACUCCAAACCUUGUGCUAAUUGUAAGUCUCCGAUACAGAAGAAUGAAGGCUGCAAUCACAUGCAGUGUGCUAAGUGCAAAUAUGACUUUUGCUGGAUUUGCCUAGAAGAAUGGAAAAAACAUAGCUCUUCCACUGGAGGUUAUUACAGAUGUACUCGCUAUGAAGUCAUUCAACAUGUGGAGGAGCAAUCCAAAGAAAUGACUGUGGAGGCUGAGAAAAAACACAAACGGUUUCAGGAACUUGAUAGAUUUAUGCACUAUUACACAAGAUUUAAAAACCAUGAGCAUAGUUAUCAGUUAGAACAACGCCUUCUUAAAACAGCCAAAGAAAAGAUGGAGCAAUUGAGUAGAGCUCUCAAAGAAACUGAAGGAGGCUGUCCAGAUACCACUUUCAUUGAAGAUGCAGUUCACGUGCUCUUAAAAACUCGGCGUAUCCUCAAGUGUUCUUAUCCAUAUGGAUUUUUCUUAGAACCUAAAAGCACAAAGAAAGAAAUUUUUGAACUAAUGCAAACAGACCUAGAAAUGGUCACUGAAGACCUUGCCCAAAAAGUCAAUAGGCCUUACCUUCGCACACCUCGCCACAAGAUCAUCAAGGCCGCAUGCCUUGUACAGCAGAAGAGGCAAGAAUUCCUGGCAUCUGUGGCUCGUGGAGUUGCUCCAGCAGACUCACCAGAAGCUCCAAGGCGCAGCUUUGCUGGUGGAACAUGGGAUUGGGAAUAUUUAGGAUUUGCAUCACCUGAGGAAUAUGCUGAAUUUCAGUAUCGGAGGAGACACAGACAGCAGCGCCGUCGAGGAGACAUGCACAGUCUGCUUAGUAAUCCUCCGGACCCUGAUGAGCCAAGCGAAAGCACUUUAGAUAUUCCAGAGGGUAGCAGUGGCCGCAGGCCUGGAGCGUCUGUGGUAAGUUCUGCAUCUAUGAGUGUGCUGCACAGCUCUUCCCUGCGUGACUAUACCCCUGCCAGUCGCUCUGAAAACCAGGACUCUCUUCAGGCUCUGAGUUCCUUGGAUGAAGAUGAUCCCAACAUACUUCUUGCAAUACAGUUGUCACUGCAAGAAUCUGGGCUGACCAUUGACGAAGAAACUAGAGACUUCCUCAGUAACGAAGCAUCCCUAGGAGCUAUAGGCACUUCUUUACCUUCCAGGCUGGACUCUGUCCCCAGGAAUACAGAUAGCCCUCGUGCUGCAUUGAGCAGCUCUGAGCUGUUGGAACUUGGUGACAGCCUCAUGAGACUAGGAGCAGCGAGUGACCCAUUUUCAACUGACACCUUGGGUUCACACCCCCUCAGUGAGGCAAGAAGUGAUUUCUGUCCUUCAUCCAGUGACCCUGACUCAGCUGGCCAGGAUCCCAAUGUCAGUGACAAUCUUCUUGGUAAUAUUAUGGCUUGGUUUCAUGACAUGAACCCUCAGAGCAUUGCUCUGAUUCCUCCAGCCACUACAGAAAUCAGUGCAGAUUCUCAGCUCCCCUGUGUCAAAGAUGGGUCAGAAGGUGUGAGGGAUGUGGAACUAAUGCCACCAGAAGAUUCAGUGUUUGAAGAUGCUGGUGUCAACGAAGAUAGAGGAACUCAGAUAGAAGAAAAUCCUUUGGAAGAAAAUAUUCUGGCUGGGGAAUCAUCAUCUCAAGGUGAUGGGAGUAGUCAUGAGGCAGCCAACAAAGGUGAUGGUUCAGAUGUUUCAAGUCAGACACCCCAAACCUCAAGUGAAUGGCUUGAACAAGUACAUUUAGUAUGAAAUGUACAUAUCUGGGCUCCAAAUGAAUUGCAAGUACAGAUGGUAUGUUAGGUGGAGAAAGCUUUAUAGAGACUUUGAUCCACUUAAUUCCAGCUCAGUUAUAAACCACUGAUGUUAGGAUGGAAUACAAAGGAGUUCCCUUGAAUGGUAGCUUCAUUUUCAAUUUUAACCUUACAGGGAAUUUCUUUUGUAUUUAACUGGAUAGCUGAUCCCCAUUUUGCUGAGAAAAAGAAUGGCAGGAGAGCAAGAGAAACAAAAUGGAAUAAUUAGGUUGUAUUCUACAUGCUAAGAAAAUGCAGGGCUCUGUUUACCCUGGAGUUGGCAAUACUUGACUUGAACAUGGAAAUCAAAGGCUUACUUCUUAAUCUUUGGGUGGCUUUCCUUUAAAAAGGAAGUUUUCUUCAUUUUAGAAGUUCAUUUUGGACAGAUCUGAUAACAUGUAUGUCCUCAAUCUUUUUGUGCUCUUUCAUAACUUCCUUCUUCCCUUUUUGUCUGAGCAAUGUGAAUUGAAGUAUCCACAGCUUCUUUAGUGCUGCAUCUACCACAGUGUAAUUAGUUUUAAUUUUCAUAUGAAUCAAAGAUUUCUCCUCCUGUCUAUUUACAGUCCAAUUGUGCCAAACUCUGACUCGUGCGCUGACUGACAACGCAUUGAGGUGUGCAGCAUCCUAGUGUACUCCAGGACAGUGUCAGCGUUCUUGGGAGUAAAAGGUGCCACUUGGUAGCAGUGAUAUUCCAGAAUUUCAUGGGCUUUUGUUGCCAUGGAGACUGUAUUUUAAAUAAAUGUAGCCUGUAGCUUAAGUUAACUAAACCUAAUGCUGCUGUUAAAAACAGUUUAUUUUAAUAUUAAAAUACAGUUGAUUAGCAACAGCGGUGCUGUAUUUUAAGAGACACUUUAUUGGAAGUGCAAUCAUAGUUCUUUGUUUUCACAAUUUUACAGUGCAUUCUAAUUACUAAUGGGUGCAAUUACUUUUAAUGGUGUUUUAUAAAAUAGAAAAAAGUGGAGUUUUCAUGAGUUAUAGUAAAUCCCACAAUUAUUAAAAAAUUCAAUAAAACAUCCUGCGCAACAUGUUACCGUGCCUUUGCCUAACCUAAAUGGAUAGUUGCCAGUUAAUAAGUCAGUAAUUCAAAUUUCAAUGUCUCUUCUGAAGUAACUAUGCUAUGAAUUGCAAAGACCUCCAUGAAACCACCCAUGGCCUUGCCUUUACAGUAAAUAUAACAACUAAGUGUUCAGUUUGUUUGCCUAAAUAGCAAAUGCUGACAUGUGUUUGUUCUCUUGCACAAUACUCAUUUGCUGUGUGAUUACUGUUUAGUAUUGAAAAAAAUCAACUUCCUAGUUAUCAGUGUCUUACUGUGAAGAAAUUACUGGUCUUAGUUGUAAUUAAGAUACAAUGGUACAGUGUGUAAUUAAAACUAGAGUAAACUGUUGGAAUGGUUGUCUUACUUACAUAUUAUCAAAACUAGCAUAACAUAAGCAAAAUAGAUUCUUGCAACACUCCAUUUAAUGUUUUGCUAGAUUGUUACCAGAAAUCUACAGAAACCAAAAUUUCUGUACUGAGUUUGUACAGGCAAGUCUUAGGCCAGGUAAAAGGUUGUAUUAGUAUUGGUAUUCAUGUGAGUUGUGAUUACGGUUUUUGAUUGCUUGUUUUUUCCAAUCCCUUACUUUUGAACUUUUCUUGUACUUUAAAUUCAUAUGGCCAGGACAUUAAAAUAUAAAAUAUUUAAAGUUCCCCAGGUUCCUCUAUAAAUGAGAAUUGCUCUUAUGCUAUGGAUAACUAAGGUCCACAUUAGUUUUUAUUUCUCCAGUUACAGAAAAAUUAAUAUCAAUCCCUAUUGAAAUUAGUGGGGGAAAAUAUUAACUUAAUCUACAGUGUAUUACUGUAUAUUAAACUGAAAUAGUCCAUUAAAGGAUUUUUUUACAAAUUUAUUUUGGAUUAAAAAUAUUAACAUUAAGUUUAUAGACCAAGUUGUAAUUUUUCCAGUAGAGUUCGCAUCACAUUGAGGCAUCUUGCACAACUGCAGUGAGGUGAGGAGUUCUCUGUGUGAAGGUAGUGUUUGUGGUGGGUUCUGGUUUCCUUGCACCUUGUGCAGUAUCCUUUGUUUCUGUGCUGGUCUCUCCUGAGCAUGAAAAAUGAUCGUUAUCCAGUUUGUAUUUCCUUGGUACAUAUUUUAAAAACAACACAGUCAUUGACUUUACAAUUCAGUAAUAAAGUUUGGCAAAGCCUAUUUUGUAAACAAGUUAAUUUUAUAAUGUAAAAGAAAUUAACCUAAUCUUGACUUGUUAUUUGCACUUUCAUAGUCUAUACUUGAUACAUUCCCACUUUAUAUACAGUAGGAUUCUACAAACGUGUAGAUGUUUGGCCAAAUGAAUGCUGUUAAUAAUAUGUAAAAUUCUUUGAUUAAACAUUUAUUACUUAAACUACUUCCAUUUUGUCUCAUUACAUUAUAAACUUUGUUUUAAGCAGGUCAGGGAGCUUAAUUUUCUUGAAAUUAAAUUCCCUCCAAUAUAGUGUGAUUAAUUUGGUUCUAACAUGUAAUUGAUUAGUGCCUAAUAUUUUUACACUAGCCCACUUACUGAGCAUUUUGUAUCUCAGAGAUAAACCCAGUAACACUGUAUAAAGAUGUGUUAAAACAUGACUUAAAUGCUCAUUUUAUUUUCAUUGCUAUACCUUUAAGAGAAAAAAAUUAUGCUUUUUCUGUAAAAUCUCAAUAAAAUCUCUAAUAGAAACACUGAGAAAUAUAGAAUGUAAGCCAUGUUUUAAAUUGCUAGAAAAGGAAAAAACUUAGCCUUAUGAAUAAAAAUGCCUGCUUCUCCACCAAAAUUUUACAAAAGUAUUUUAUCCCUUCUGAAUUACCAAAACAACCUUGUGGCAUAUGACCUUCAGUACCUACAUGUAAGUUCUAGGCCACCAGCUAGUGUUUCAUGGGGUCUGCCAUUGGUUAUCACUUAACAGUCAUGUUUUAUUUAUGACUUUCAAUAUGUAGAUCUGAAACUUAGCUACCAAUGUCCAUAUGCUUAAUUAUCCCUUAAAUGUUAAUUGUAGUCACUGAUCUCAUUUUCAUUCUCUUUUUAAUCCUAAAUAUUUUGUCACUUACCCUGUUAUGAAUUAAAAUCUGAGACUUGUUGAGGUUUGGUUGUAAUGUUAAAAUUACAGUUAGUAUAUCUCUAAAGAGUAAAAUCUUGGAACCUAAAUAUUAAAUCAUAAUAUAAAUUUGGGGAUUUUUAAAAAUCUAAAAUGAUUUCAUAGGAAAAAUAUUUCCAUGGGCUCAGCCACCGAGUGGUAGUUUCAUCUCAGCAUUGUGCCAAGGGGGUAAUUACUGGAUCUCCUUAGCAACACUAUACUGUUGUCUCUUCAGUUCUUAUGACUUUCUCAUCAGAAUAGAUUUCUUUCUAGAAAGAAGCGGCUUUCUUCUAGACUAUUUUAUGAUAGUCCUUAUUUUAGGAACUGGCAGUGGUACUAGUUAUUAAAGAAAGGUGGACCAGAAAAGUUUCCUGUACUUCUCAGUUUCACAUUCAAUGACAUUAAGCUGGAAAACUAACCAAGCUUUUGAAGGAAUUGUUCUUUGGUCUUUGAAACUGUAAUUGGACAGUAUUCUUGAUCAGGCUGUCUGUCAUCUGUCAUCUCUUAGCCUCUUGUAUAACUAUAUAUCCUGCUCUGCGUGCCAAGACUGCAAGGCUUAGACAACAAUUUUGCUUGGGCCAUCUCUCAGGAUUUAUGUAAAUAGUAACCCUGAGGAAAAGGAGCAGGCUGAAUUGCUUGCUAUAAAAGUGGUGAACUCUUCAUGCUGCUUGGCUGCAGCAUGAAUCCGCUCAGUCCCUGUAGACAUCCAGGCCCAUUUGUGUUGCCCCUGUGAAUAUGGAGACAUGGGUAACUGAUAAAUGUGAUGUAUAAUCUGCAUGCUGUGCCACAAGUGAUAAAAAGUCCUUUGCCUCUGA